UCAAUAUUAGCACCCUUUUCCAACAGAAACUUUACCAUUGCCUCAUAGCCUCUUUCUAUAGCUAAGAAUAGCGGUGUCUGCUGUAACAUGCCCAUAGAUUCUAUAUUUGCUCCCUUUUCUAAGAGCAACCUGACCGUUGCCUCAUGGCCACGAUCUGUGGCAAGGGCUAAUGGUGUUCCCCUGUUCCUCUCUCGAUGCUCUAUAGUAGCUCCAUUCGCCAGCAAAAGCCUUACUGUUGCUUCAUGUCCUUUCAAUGCAGCCCAUGAUAGUGGUGUAUAGGAUUCGUUGUCGUACGAUUCUAUAUCUGCCCCCCUCUCUAGUAGUAAUGCGACUAU